AAGAAACUUUUUUUAACUCGUGACUUGAAAAUAAAUUACUUCAGUAAUUCUAUAUUGUUUUAAAGGAAAGAACUUUUGUUUUCAUAUUUUCGUGAAAUUACAAAGAAAAGUAAUUUGAAUUCAUCAUGAAUGUUAAUAACAUUUUCAUAUUAUUCAUUUUAUCUGUUGUAAUUAAUAAUUAUCAAUUAAUUACUGCUCAACCUGAUGAUGAUGAUAUCGAAAAAAAAUAUGAUCCUGGGAUCCACUGCAUCGGAAAGGAUAAAAUAAAAAUACUAUUCACUGAAUCAUCUGAAGUAAGUCAUGAACAGGUCAAACAUGUUAAUGUCGAUUAUUAUUUCUGUCCUGGUAAAUAUCAUGGAUAUUUGAAAGAAAGAAUGGCAAAAAAAUAUUGUAUUGAUAAAAAUAAUAGAAACGAUAAUGGUUCAUAUAUGUGUAGACCGUAUCCAUUUAUUUGGAAUCGUAAACCUUCUACUAAAAAUUUUUUUAAUCAAAAUGAUCAUCAUUCGAUGUCAUGUUUGAAGGUGUUGAAAAAAAAGACACAUUUUAAAAAGUCGAGCGAGAAAAAUCCUGACGAUGUUGAUUUCACAGGUUACUAUUUUAAAGAUGAGGCUAUAGCCAAAUGCAUAAGUACGCGAAAAGUAUAUGUACAUUUUUAUUAUUCAGUACAAACAGCAAUGACAUUUUAUUUCUGUUAUGGCAAUAAACAUAUUUAUCGAUGGAAAAAUGAUGCAUUACAAUUAUGUAUUAACCAUUUUUCUAAUAAUAAAUAUAAAUGUAAAAUACAUCCAGGUUCUUAAAUAUAAUACGAAUAUUUUUUUCUCAUGUUAUUCAAAUAACAUUUAAAUUGUAUACAAUUCAUAAACAAAUGAAUUUACUACUGUUAAAUUUUACGACUUUACUUGAUAAAUAAAGAUAACAGUACAUAAAAAUAA